ACAUAAUACCUCUAAAAGUAUAUUGUUCACUUGAGAAUUAAUUCGUAGAUUCUAUUGUGCACUAGGAUUGUAUUACCAUUAACACACACAACACCCUUUUUUCGUUGAAUUAAUAAUUUGACGACUUAUCUCGCUACGUGCUACUGUGAAUGAUAAGAAUGAGUCGACCAGAUAAGCGAGAGCUUGAAUAUCCCACCGAACUGGAAUCCCAAUUCAUAUUGAGGCUCCCAGAAGAACCUGCCAAGGUUUUAAGAAAUGUCUUAGUCACAGGAGAUAAUUUAAAAAAUCGUUUGACUAUUCAAAUAGGGAAUGACAUGAGACAUGGUGAAGUACGCUUCGACCACUGGCUUAUGCACGGUAAAAUUGUGGAUUUACCAACCAUAGUAGAAUCACUCAAAACUAUUGACAACAAGAGCUUCUACAAAACUGCAGAUAUAUGUCAAAUGAUGAUUUGUAAAGAUGAACCAGAUCAACCUACAGCUGAAGAUGAUUCACCAGCAAAGAAUAAGAAGAAAGAUCUAUACAAAGUAGAUAAGAAAUUUCUUUGGCCACAUGGGGUAACACCACCAACAAAAAAUGUUAGGAAGAGACGUUUUAGAAAGACUUUAAAGAAAAAAUGUGUUGAAGCUCCAGAAAUAGAAAAAGAAGUGAAACGUUUGCUUCGAGCUGACAAUGAAGCAUUUAGUGUUACCUGGGAAGUAAUUAGAGAAGAAGAUGAACACCAUUCCAAACCUGAAUCAAGUAAACCUUCACAUGUCAAACCAGAAAAGAAAACAAAAUCUGAACGUAAUAUUAAGCGUGAAUCUGCAGCAAAGCAUAAUGCCCCAGGAUCUUCUAAUGUGGUCGAUAUUUUUGGAGGCAAUGUCAGUGACAGUGAUUUGGAAGAUGAUCAUAUCAAUGUAGAACUGGAAGAUAGCAGGCUUUCAGCAUAUGAUAGUCGCAUGUCUGACAACUCAACGCAUGGAAUGAGUGAUUUGUCAAAGAGGGAACUGCCUAUUGAGUUUGAUUCACACAUGUUUCAAACACCUAAGAGAUCUUCAAACAUCAGUUCUACAAUGGCAUCUACUUCACACUCUAGGAGUGGUCACUUGUCAUCUGAAGACGAUGUUGACUAUCAUUCUCGAGGCAUGUCUAAGGAAAAUAUGACAGAGAGAAUUGAACAGCUUCGAACUGAACUUGAAGAACUGAAACAACGAAGACAAAAGACACAGCUUGAGAUAGCUAGUAUGGAAAAUCAGGCUUUGCGGCAGAGAUUUUCAGAAGCAUUGCACACUUUGAAUAAGGAGAUAAUGUACAAAGAGAUGGAAUAUCAAGGGCUGCUAACAAUUCAAAACUCUGAUGAUAUUUAAGUGUACAUUUAUAUCUUAUUUACUAUUUAUUAUAUAUAUACUGUUCAUUUUUGUAUUAUAA